CCGGCCGGAUAACGGAGCUUGAGCCGUGACCGUGGCGCUGUUAUCCCGGUUUUUUUAGUUUUGUUUGUCAUUUACGAAAGAUAAAACCGGUCAACGUGUCGACGAAAUAAAAAGGCGACAACGAAGCAGCACGGCAGCGUUGCCUUCCGGCGAUCUCCAAUUCGAAGACCUUCAAUUUCCUAAGCGCGCGGCGUCAUGGCGGGGGAAUUCGCCGCCGCCGUGGAGGACGGGCUGCGGCUUUCGAAGCGGAUAAACUUCGGGAAGGACAGGGCAGUGGCGCCGCCGAGAGCGAUGACGGCCAUGGAGAAGACGGCUCACUCCUACCUUCCAUCAGCUCCAAUGCUCUACGCCGUUAUUGAGAACCCCGCCGUGGUGGACAACCCGGACGUUCCGAGCUACCAGCCUCACGUGCACGGCAGAUGCGACCCUCCCGCGCUGAUUCCUCUGCAGAUGAACAGCAUUUCUGUCGCCGCCGAGUGUUAUCUGGACACGGCGUUCGUCACCGUCACCGGAUCCUGGCGCGUGCACUGCGUCAUGGGCAGCCGCAGCUGCGAUUGUCGUAUUGCCAUUCCGAUGGGCGAACAGGGUUCGAUUCUAGGUCUCGAGGUUGAGGUGCCCGGGAAACAUUACCAUACUGAACUAGUUGCUGUAGAUGAUAAAAAGGAAACAGCCAAAUUUGAGGAUGGAUACUAUUUGAAUCCCAACAUUUUUACCCUCGAAAUACCAGAGAUUGAUGGGGGUACCAAUCUUUUAGUCACUAUUAGAUGGUCUCAGAAGUUACUGUACCAUGAUGGGCAGUUUACCCUGAACAUCCCGUUCAGUUUCCCGGAAUAUGUCACUCCUGCUGCCAAGAAAAUCUCGAAAAAGGAAAAGAUAGAACUAAAUGUUAACUAUGGCCCCGGAACUGAAAUUUUGUGUAGGACAAGUAGUCAUCCUCUCAAGGAAGUGCGUCGCCUAGCUGGGAAUUUGAGCUUUUUAUAUGAAUCAGAAGUUCUUAACUGGUCCAUUCACGAUUUUGGUUUUACGUACUCUGUGUCAUCGAGCCAAAUCUAUGGUGGUGUGCUUUUGCAGUCCCCGUUAGCACUUGAGAAUGAUAAUAAGAAGACAUUCUGUUGCUAUCUUUUUCCAGGAAACAAGCAGACUAAAAAGGUCUUCAGAAAGGAAGUUGUGUUUGUUGUGGAUAUAAGCGGGAGCAUGAGAGGAAAACCUCUUGAGGAUACCAAAAGCGUGCUAUUGAUAGCUCUGUCAAAGCUCGACUCUCAAGACUUGUUCAGUAUAAUAGCCUUCAAUGGCGAAACUUUUGUGUUUUCAUCAUCUCUAGAGUUGGCAAGGGAGGAAGCUAUCGAAAGUGCUAUUCAGUGGAUUAACACGAAUUUUGUUGCUGAUGGCGGGACAAAUAUUUCGAAUCCACUAAAUCAGGCGAUUGAGAUGCUAUCUAAUACAAACAAAGCUGUCCCUAUUAUUUUCCUCAUUACCGAUGGGUCUGUUGAAGAUGAAAGACGAAUCUGUGAUAUUAUGAAGAGCCAUCCAACGAGAGGGAGGAGAAUCUCCCCGAGGAUUUACACACUUGGGAUUGGAUCAUUCUGCAACCACUAUUUUCUGCGAAUGCUGUCAAUAUUGAGCGGUGGCUUCUACGAUGCUGCUUAUGAUGCAGAUUCAAUCGAGGCUCGAGUGGAAGGCCUAUUUGCCAGAACAUCAUCCAUUAUCCUUGCAGACAUUGCUAUCGACUUCGAAAGUCUUGAUCUUCAAGACUUUGAGGUAUAUCCACCUCAAAUCCCAGACCUUUCACUUGAAGGCCCAUUGGUUCUCUCAGGCAGAUACAGUGGAGAAUUUCCCGAGAGCCUUGAAGCUCGAGGAAUCCUUGCAGACAUGAACAACUUCUCUCUACACCUGAAGGCGCAAGAAGCAAAGGAAAUACCUCUUUCUAAGGUGCUUGCAAAGCAGCAAAUCGAGAUACUCACAGCCGAGGCAUGGUUUACCAAAAACAAGAAGCUCGAGGAGAAGAUAGCAAGGGCGAGUGUACAACAUGGUAUUGUUUCUGAAUAUACAAACAUGGCAUUCAUAGGAACUGAGGAAACAAAAGGAACCACAGAGCCAUCCAAAGUAAAUAAGAAAACGGGAGACCCUAAACUGCAGAAGGCUAUAAUAAUGCUCCGAAAUCUUGGACUUGGUUUCGGGGACCUUACUGCCACAGCCGAAAACACUCCUCCCGGUUCCACAUCGAAACCAGAAGCAGCAGAGAUGUUUGUGCAGGCAGCCUCAAACUGUUGCAAAAUGGUGUGUGAUAAGUGCUGUUGCAUGUGUUGCAUUCAGAUGUGUUCAAAGAUAAAUGACCAGUGCGCAGUGGUAAUGACACAGCUUCUUGGUUCAUUAGCAUGUUUAGGUUGCCUUGCCUGCUGUGAACUGUGCUGUUCCAAACAACAGGGAUAAGGAAAAGCAACAUAUGACUGCCCCACUGCUUCUUGUUGUAUAUGUUGUGUAGUUAUGUGACUUGUAAGGUUAUUGUUGUCCAUGGUUUUACAUACCCUUUUUCAGAUUUUCGUUUUCGGUGUAUAGUUCAAUGGAAUACUAAGGCUGUAUAAACAGAAUGAAACACGUUACUUUUUCCGUUUUUAUUUGUAUCUAGUUCAAAAAAUGUGAGUAUGUUGAAUUAAGUUAUUUAU